CUCUUGAUAUUAGCUGCCAAUGCUGCAGUAGGAGUAAUUACGGAAACAAAUGCUGAAAAGGCACUUGAGGAGUUACGUGGCCUACCAAGGUGAUAUUGCAACUGUGCUUCGCAAUGGUUGCUUUUCAAUACUUCUUGCAACAGAGCUAGUUCCAGGAGACAUAGUAGAAGUUUGUGUGGGAAGCAAAAUUCCUGCUGAUAUGAGAAUGAUUGAGAUGCUAACUGGUCAGUUACGUGUGGAUCAAGCAAUUCUUACAGGUGAGAGCAGCUCUGUAGAAAAAGACCUCGAGUCUACCAUAGCAACAAAUGCAGUUUAUCAAGACAAGACAAAUACUCUUUUUUCAGGUACUGUUGUGGUUGCCGGCAGGGCAAGAGCUGUUGUUAUUGGGGUUGGUGCAAACACUGCUAUGGGCAGCAUUCGUGAUUCAAUGUUGCGAACAGAUGAUGAAGUGACACCCUUGAAAAAGAAAUUGGAUGAAUUUGGUACCUUUUUUUGGCUAAGGUUAUUGCUGGAAUUUGUGUGCUCGUGUGGAUUGUAAAUAUUGGUCAUUUCCAUGACCCUGCUCAUGGUGGAAUCUUGCGUGGUGCAAUUCAUUACUUCAAGAUUGCUGUUGCACUGGCGGUUGCAGCAAUUCCUGAAGGGCUUCCUGCUGUUGUAACCACGUGUUUGGCUCUCGGAA